AAACAAUUGGUAGUCGCUCUGUUUGUAUCUCAAAAGCAAAGAGAUUAAACCUUUGGUUUGGUUGGAUCCGAUAAUGAGGAGAGAGAUGAAGGUGAAGAGAAGAGAAUUGAAGAAGAAGAAGAAGAAGAAGAAGGAGAAGACGAGGGUGAGGAUGCUCUGCGAUUUCUGCGGAUCAUCAUCCAGCAAGAGAUAUGAACACACAAAACAAGAAGAAGCUCUGUUGAUUGAGAGCGAACUCAAGCGACUACGGCUUUUGACCAGGAGAAUGACUGGCAAAGAUCUAGACGGCCUGACUUUCGCUGAGCUUCUACUACUUGAAUCCCUCCUUAAACAAGUCUUGCUCAUUGUCAAGAAGCUCAAGAAGAAGACAGAGCUGGAAGAAGAGCAAAGGCUGCAGAAGAAAGAAGCAGAUGAUGAGUGUGAAGGUAGUACGAGGAGAGAGCUGGUGGUUUUGGUUGAAUACGAAAGACGUAGCUCUGAAUCCAUGCAGAGCGAGUUUGAGAGACUGUGGCUCUUGAAGGAGUAAGUUAGUUCACUUUCCCACUUAUUAUUUGGCUGACUAAAAUUUUAUUCGAUUGGCACAAUUUACAUUUAAAUUUUUGUGUAUGAUAUAUUUUAGUGAAUCUUUU